CCGCAUGUCACCCUCGUUGAUUUUUCUUUCUCUUAUUUUUUAUUUUACAUUAUUUUUCAACAAUUAAAUAUCAAUUAUUGUACUCUUUUACUUUCACUUUCACUUGUAUUUUAUAUCAGCAACAUCUAUAAAAAACACAUACAUAACAAACCAUGGCGCUAAACGCAGUGAUGCUCGAGCGUGGUACCCGGCACCCAGUACCACUACCGAAUGAGAAUUUCCUCUACCAUUGCAGCGGGGUGAAAUUCGAGCUCAAAUCCACAGCCACCCCAUCAGGUGACUACCCGGGCUCCGGCAUAACACCGAAAAGUGCCAGCGGAACAGCGUUCAUCUCCAACCAACGCAUAGUUUAUCUCCCAGCAACCACCACGCACGAAACCAGCAUGCAGCCGGCGAGCACCCCUGGGACAUUGAACUCGUUUACGGCGCAGCAUACGAGUUUACAGAAUAUAAAAUUUGUACAGCCUAUUUUUGGCGCAAAUAAGUUUGAGGCACAGGUUGUGAACUUGGACGGGUUGUUUGGUGGUAGUGGGAUGAUUGUGUUGGCGUUUAAGGAGGGUGGUGGGUUUGAUUUUGCGGCUAUUGCGCGAAAGUUGGCUGAGAGAUUUGGAGAAAGUGGGGAGGUCCCGCCGCAUGAAGAGGAGUUGCCCGGGUAUGAUGCGCCUCCGCCAGCUGGUUCUUUGUCCUCUCAGCCCACAGGUGGUCUGCCCGGCUAUCCAUCGGACGCACCGCCAGGCUACGAGCAAUGACAAAAACUAUUUGUUUUUUAUCUCAAUAAAUACAUUUUGUCUCCUGUUGACAAUUUAAUUUAUUUUUAUUUCUAACGAAUA